AGGCAGGUCCACUAUUAAAAGUUAAAAUUCCUAAGGAUAAAGAUGGCAAACCUAAGCAGUUUGCAUUUGUCAAUUUUAAACAUGAAGAAUCAGUUCCUUAUGGAAUGAAUCUACUCAAUGGAAUCAAACUUUUUGGAAGACCCCUCAAAAUUCAGUUCAGAUCAGGUAGCAGUCAUGGAUCUCAAGAUGGCAAGAGUCCAGUUAGUCUUCAGAAUUCCAUGUGCACUCCUAGUCCAUCCAGCACACCAUCCUCCAUUCCAAACAGGUUUGACAGAAGUAUAGGUGGACAGUCUCCAACAGGGUUUCUAACCCCCCAGAUGCAGGCUCCGAGGUCCUUUUCUUCACCUGAUAGCCUACAGAGACAGGCAAUGAUGAACAGCCACAACAUACGACAGCAGCAGUUUAGUAGCAUGGAUUCACCGAUGCUUCAAGCACAUCUCGACUUCCCUUCACCCAUACUACCCAGCCAGGGUCCAUCGCCAUCAAAUUUUCAUUCAGGGCCUCUGUCUUCUGAUCAAGCAUCAGGUCAGCGCAAGAACAGACCACGCUCUCACCCUUAUCAACAGGAGGGAAGGCAGUUUAGCCCUGAACAGCGAUAUGGUGAAUCUAGCUCUGAUCACAUGUAUAGAGGAGGCCGGGAUGACUACCAUGAUGACAGAAGUGCUGAUCGAGCUUUCAGAGGAAGCAGGGAUGAUUAUGAUAGAUCAUUCAGAGGAAAUCGGAAUGACUACCUUGAAGAACAAAGUUCAGAUAGGCCCUUCAGAGGAAACAGAGAUGAGUUUGGUGAUAGGUCUCCUAGUAGUUGGGGUAGAGAUUACAAUCCCAGGAGAGAGAGCCCUAGAGAUGGUAGAUGGUGCAACAGGCAAUAAAACAAAUAGCUGUGUACAAGUAGGCCAUUCAUAUGAUUCUGACAACACCGUUUUCUGUUUUUAUUAUGUUCUGUAUAGUAAGGUUUUAAUUUUUUUAAACUUCAUUGUUAUUUAAAAAAAAAAAAAAAAAAGUUUCAACCUUAAAUUGUGAAUUUUGGGGAUAUGUGGCCAUUGUGAAGUUUCAACAAUUUUUUUAGCAGACUGAUUGGAUGCCUCCAUUCGAUGCUAUGGUAGUCUGCUGAUUCUUAAUAGCAGUGACACAGUUGGAAGAUUUUAAAUUUUAAAAUUGCUUCUUGUGGAAGAAUACAUUCAUUUUUGUAACUUUUGAAUACAAAUUGUAACCUGUAAGUACAGAAACAAAUGUGAGAGUAGCUUUUGUGAGUUAGAAAGGUUAUUGGGUCAAGACUGUAUGUACAAAUGUUUGCAGUACAGAAAUCCUAUACCCUUGUGUCACAUGUCAGUUACCUGUUGUAAGCUAAAAUGUUUUUAUGCUUUUUGGUGUAAAGCCGUCACACUGAUCUUAUAGGUCAGGGGUUUUAGUGGUACCCAACCUUUGUAUUUAGUCUGCCAGAGGUUUUGCCAUUAACAGAUGUGCGUUCUCCAGUGAAAAUUGGUGCAUUUUUCAUUUUAAGACUGCAUUUUGUGUUGUUUUGUGCAUUGUGUCCUGCUGCAGAUGGUUAUAUCAUUGUCCUAAGUUUAAAAAAAAAAAAAAAACAUAUCCUUUAAAAUGGGUGGGGAUUACAAUUUCUAUAUGCUGUACAGGACUUGAUAGGGGAAGUCCAAAGUAAUAAUGGCAGAAAACAUUACAGUACUACUGGUUUAAAGUGAGUCGGGAAGAUAUUUUGACAGUUUAAAAUUUGAAAUAUCAAUGUUUUUUGGCAAGACAUCCUUCACAGUGGCUGUCGAAAUUUCAUUUUUUUAUCAGGUGUGUCCACUAAGAAAAAGUUUGGCAUUUAAAGAACUAAACAGUUCAGGGGGGAAAAGAGAACGCUCCUAAAUAAAUCAGAACUUGCCAGUGGCUUAUACCUACAAUUCAAAUAUGCAAUAAAGCAUUUGGAUUAUUUA